AUGUUCGAUAUGUUGAGAGAUAUGUUCGGAAACGCCAAGAUUACUCCAGAUGUAGAGAAGUCAUCUGUACCACCCCCUUCGAUCGAGGCGGUGGAUAAAAAAACCAUCUACAGGAAUAGAUACAACUAUGGAGUGAAUCUCGGUUCUCUUUUUGUUUUGGAGAAAUGGAUUUAUAACGAUCUAUUUGAUAAUGUAAAUUCUAAUAACAAUGAAUACGAUGUGAUUUCCCAAAGAGUUAAAAAUUUUGGUAAGGAUGAUACUGCAAGGAGAUUAAAUGAACAUUAUCGUAACUAUAUCAAUAAAAUUAAUUGGGUAUGGUUGGCUGGUGAAGUUGGUGUCACCGUUUUAAGGGUGCCCAUUGGAUACUGGCAUGUGGGGAAUGGACGAUUUGUUGAUGAUCUGCCUUAUGCUCCAUUGAAGGGCGUGUAUGAAAGUGCUAAACCCUGGGAUCAACUAAUAAGUUUGAUUGGGAAGGCAAGAGCGUAUGGCAUUGGUAUCUUGAUUGAUAUUCAUGGGUUACCUGGCGGUGCUAACACAGGUGAACAUAGUGGUUUUAAAAAUGAUUCAGUCAAGUUUUUCAGUACCAGUAAAUAUGUGCAAAAGAUGGUUAAAGAUGUUUUACCUUUUAUUGUCAAUGAUGUUGGUAAAGCAUAUGAAAAUGUUGUUGGGUUACAAAUUGUUAAUGAAGCUAUUUUUGAUAAUAAUGCUAACGAUCAAAAAAAGUAUUAUCAAAGUGCCAUUAAAAAAAUUGCAUCUAUCGAUAAUAAUUUUCCCGUCAUUAUUUCUGAUGGUUGGUGGCCACAACAAGUUAGUGAUUGGCUAAAGCAGCAGAAUCUUGAUAAAAAUGCUAUCAUUGAUACGCAUGUAUACCGUUGUUUUUCGGAUGCUGAUAAGAGCAAGACUGCAAGACAACUUAUCGAUAGCUUACCUCAAACUGUAAAUUUACCCAAGAAUGAUGCAGAUUUUCUGGUUGGUGAAUUUUCUUGUAAUCUAGAUGAGCAGACUUGGAACAGGAGUAGAGAUAAAGAUAGACAGGCCUAUAUUAAAGAAUUUGGAUUGAAACAAGCGCAAGUGUUCAAUAGCGUCUCCUCUUGGGGGUAUAUUUUUUGGACAUUACAGUUUCAAUACGGGGAUGGUGGCGCUUGGGGGUUUGUUCCUUUGACUAACAGUGGGUGUAUUCCAAAACCUUUGAAGAGAAAUAUGUCAAAUAUUACCGAAAACGAUAUUCAAAGGCUUGUUCAAGCACAUAAAAAUUAUUGGAAAGAUAAAGGUGGGGAGAAAUUUGAAUAUUGGAGAUUUGAGGACGGAGUUAGGAAGGCGGUAUCAGAUAUCAAAGCUUUCAACGGAUUCAAUAAGUCGCGUGUUGGAAGAUGGCACACUUGGAAGGCCCAACGUAGAAGGGAAUAUGUAGCAGAAAAGGGCGAUAGCCAAUAUAUGUGGGAAUGGGAUCAGGGAUUUCAGGAAGCUUUGGAUAAUUUUAAUCUCUGA